AUGGCCCACUACGAGGACAGCUUCCUCUAUGCCUUGAGCUCCAACAACGCCUGGGCAAGCUACAAGGCCCAUCAGAACCCCAACUUCUUUUCGAAGCUCGCCAGCGGGCAAACACCACAGAUUCUCUGGCUCGGCUGCUCCGACUCGCGCUGCCCAGAGACCACGAUCCUGGGCCUCCAGCCGGGCGACGUCUUCGUGCACCGCAACAUCGCCAACAUCGUGUCGCCGACCGACAUCAACACGGCGGCCGUGAUCGAGUACGCGGUCGCGCACCUCGGGGUCAAGCACGUCGUGCUGUGCGGCCACACGUGCUGCGGCGGCGCCAUGGCUGCGCUCGGCGACGGCCGCGUCGGCGGCGUGCUGGACACCUGGCUCGCCCCGCUCAAAGCCGUCCGCCAGCAGCAUGCCGACGAGCUGGGCGCCAUCAAGGACAACCACGCCCGGGCGGUCCGCAUGGCCGAGUUGAAUGUCGAGGCUGGCGUGAAGGUGCUGAUGGCUAAUGUCGUCAUUCAGGAGGCCAUCAGGGAAAGGGGCCUGGAGGUGCACGGGUGCUUGUUUGAUAUUGCGUGCGGGAAGAUGAAGGAUCUUGGGUUUGGCACCUCGUCAAAGGGGGCGGCCGGUGUGAGCGGUGGGGGAGGAGGGGAGGAGGAGGUGGUGGUGCGCGGGAAGCAUGCGCAGUUGGUGUUUAGGGACGGGAAUGCAUCGAUGGCGGUGCGGUGA